AUGCUGAAAUCUUAUACCACCAAGGUUUGUGUGGUGGGCGCUGGAGUGUCGGGACUCAAAGCUGCUCACACUUUGCUUCACGGUUCAGGGAUCUCGUCUACUGACGUUAUUGUGCUCGAGGCCCAGAAUCGUGUGGGAGGACGAAUCUUGACUGAUUCUACCAGGUCGAAAUUGGGUCUCAAGUAUGAUAUGGGCGCCGCGUGGUUCCAUGACGCUUUAACCAACACGGUACUUUACGACAGCAUUGCUGAUGGUACUUUCAAUGUGGCUAAAGACGGAUAUUUCGACGAUAAAGAUGUUGCGAUGUACUCAUCAGAGAACCAUGGUAAGAUCGACUGCAACGAACUCAAAUUGCACAGAAUUGUGGAGGAUAUAGAGCGUUUUAUUGAGAUUCACUAUUCAGAGUCGUUAGAUGUGCCCGAUGUGUCGUUGGACGAUAUGGUGGACAUGUAUGUUGCAAAAUACGGAAUAUUCUUAACCCCGGCCCAGAAAAAGUACUGUGGCCGUUUGCUUCGGUACAUGGAGCUUUGGUACGGUAUUCCACUGAGCAAAAUCAGCGGAAAAUAUGCGGUCAUGAGCCACCAGGGACGUAACUUGUACAACAAGAAAGGAUAUGGAUUCAUCAUCGAUAAGUUGAGUUCUCAAAUCAAUUGUCCUGUAAUGUUGGGUGAGCAGGUAGAUGAAAUUCGCCGAAACGUCAAGAAGGGACCCAGAAACCACACAUUGACUACUGUGGCAGGUACGACUGUCCACGCAGAUUACAUCGUGGUGACUGUACCACACAGUGUCCUUGACCUUCCAGCAAAGCACGAAUAUGGAAUUACAUGGACACCCAGUCUUCCUAAGGCGCUCACUGAUUCGCUUCUGGGUAUGCACUUUGGGGCAUUGGGAAAGGUGAUUCUCGAGUUCGACCAUAUCUGGUGGGACAACACCCAGGAUCGUAUUCAGGUUCUCGCAGACCACGCGAAAGUACAAGAAUCAGAGGUUCCUGUGCCAUUCCAGUAUCCAAUCUAUGUUGUUAACUAUGGACGUGUGCACCAAGGCGCUCCAAGUUUGGUGAUUUUGAUCCAGGCUCCAGUAACAGAUUACUUGGAAGCCAAUCCUGAUAAGGCGUGGGAGUAUAUGAAGCCAAUGUUGGAAACGAUCAAGGUGAGCGAGAUUUCUGAGCCCAUCAACGUUCUUGUGACCGAGUGGACUCAGAACCCCUAUGCUAGAGGGUCUUAUACGUCUGUUUACGUGGGGGACGACCCUAGCGACCAUGUGAUCCAAUUAUCUGGAGAACACGAUUUCUGUGGUAUGGGAUCGGCUUCUACAAUUAGAUUUGCUGGCGAGCACACUAUAGGCGAUGGAGCUGGAUGUGUCCAUGGAGCGUAUAAUAGUGGAACCAGAGCAGGUGAAUGGAUAUUGUCAGAUAUUGCUAAGAACGGGAACUCCAAUAAACUCUAA